AUGGAGUUCGUGGACGAGGGCAUCCAUCGGAACAACCCCGACGCGCUGCGCGCGGCGGCGCUCAUCGCGAACGGCCUCGGCGCGCGCGCUCGAUGGGUCUCGCAUCAGGGCGUCGACUACGGCACGUUCCGACGCGCGAUACUCCUCCGCGCGAAGGAGAAGGGCGCGACGACGACGGACGCGGCGGCGACGAGCGGCGAGGCGGCGAGCGGCCGCGCGGUCCCGGGGAGCCCGUCGCUGCCGACGUCGUCGCGCGCGUCGUCCGUGGACGGCGAUUGGAACGACGACGGCGGCGGCGGCGGGGGCGACGAGGAGACGCGAGAUAGGAAGCGCGCGGGCGCGCGAAGGACGACGACGACGACGUCGACGCGUCGCGCGUCCGCGCUGAGAUCCGCGGGCCCGGUGAGGCACACGCACGCGUCCGGCGUAUCACGCGUGCGAUGGUCCAAGAUGGGCCCGCGCGUCCUCGCGGUCGGGAGAGAGUGCGGCGUCGUCGAGCUCGUCGCGUUCGAGCGCGGGAGGGCGAAUGCGAGCGCGCCGUCGUCGUCGUCGUCGUCGUCGUCGUCGUCGUCCGCGUCGUUCGAACGCGUCGCGUCCCUCGACGGGCACACCGCCGCGGUCACGGAUAUCGACUGGACGCUCGACGGCGGCGCGCUCGCGACGUCCUCCCUGGACGGCGCCGUGCGCCUGUGGUCCAGACCGCGCCCGGGAGCCGCCGUCGCCGCCGACGCCGCCGCCGCCGACGACGACGACGCGUCCGGCGGCUGGCGGUGCGCGCGCGCGAUACCGUGCGGCGCCGCCGUCCACGCCGUCCGGUUCCACCCGAUCAACGCGAACCUCCUCGUCGUCGGGUUAGAGACCGCGGCGGUGUGGCUGUUGAACGCGAGCACGGGGCACAGGGCCGCGUGCGCGACGAGCCGCUCGUACAUGCGCUCGCCGGUGGGGUGUCUGGCGUGGUGCGUCCCAUACACUGGUCCCCAUACGCCCGCGUUGGCGUGGUGA